UUAAUAUGCGACUACCAACACGAGCGGUUUUACUCGCUCAUAACAAACGUGGGGUCAUAAUGUACGGAGCCAAUGUCACAGACUUUACGGGCAAACGGGCUUCACUGAGACGAGUUUGAAGGCCGGCCUUUGCUAUAAUUGAAUAUAACAGAGGAGCAUCACAUUGAGGCACGGACCUCGCCAGAGUUCUUGAGUUCCUUUUCCACGUUUGAUGGCUGUCUGCAGUUCCAUCAUGUCCACCCACAUCUGUAGGCUGUUGGAGCUGGCUUCACGCGCUUCUUGCUGUUUGGCCAUCGCAAGUCAGUCUUCUUUGCGAAGGACAAUGUUGGUUCCUCCGAGAGUGCCCGGGCUCCCGAUGCUUCACACAAGGGCCUACAGCCUUGAUUCUUUGUCCCCUGGGCCUGGUCGGCCUACGCUUAGUGCAAACUCACAACAGCCCCGUGCAGAGAGGGCGUCCCCCUCCUCACCACUCGCACACAGGAACUUGUCUGCUGUGGCUAUGAAGGGUCAAUAUCGUUCCAUGUGCUUAAAUGAUUUCUUGGAUGUCGGUGAACUUGAGGAUAAUAUACGUCAAGCUCGGGCCUGUAAAAAAGUCAGACGCUUCAUAGUGGACCCAGAUUUGGCUAAAGUGGUAGCACACCAUCUGGGGCCUGACCAAAACAGUGACAAGACUAUUCUCAUUGAAUGCAACCCAGGUCCCGGAGUGUUGACAAAGACCCUGCUCAAUUCUGGAGUUCACAAACUUGUGGCACUUGAGACAGAGAAACAUUUCUUGAACGAGCUGCGGGGAUUGGAAGCCCUUCUUGAUGGUCAGCUGGAAGUGGCUCAUUGUGACUUCUUCAGACUGGACCCGGUCUGGGGUGGAAGCAACAAGCCAUCAGUAAUGUCCACUGAUAAACUAUUCAAUGACCUGGGAAUAACAGAAACCAACUGGUCGGAUGACUUUCCAGUGAAAGUUGUGGCCAUCGUGCCGCAGAAUAAAGAACGUGCCAUUCUGCUGAAGUUAGUUUAUGCUCUAUUUGAGCGGCUGUCCUUCUACAGAUACGGAAGAAUAGAGCUCAACCUCUUUUUGAGUGAGCGGGAGUACGCGGUCAUGAUGACUCCCGCUGGCCAAAUGAGGCAUUACAGACCCCUCAGUGUCCUCUGGCAGAUGGCCUGUCAUAUUGAACUCCUACACAAGGAGCCCUGGGAGUCGUUUGUGACAUCCAAACAGAAUCUACCUCCUCCCAAAGGCCUUCUUCCCAAUGAUAACAUAUGCCUGGUUCGUUUGCGUCCACGGGCCGACUUGUUCUCUGGCGGCCUCACACCCGCAAAUGCCUCCACCCUGAUGGUGAUGGUCAAACAGUGUUUGGCAAAGAAGAAGGGGAGGCUCAUUGACAAGCUUAAUCUUUGGUCACCUGACAGUGGGAGUAAAUUGUUGUCCGCGAUGGGACUUCCACAAGAUAUCCUGACAGGUCAGCUUCAUCCUAUGCAGUAUCUUCAGCUGUUCCAGAUGAUGGACAAGAGCCAGGAGUUCACUCAGAGCUGGCUCUAUGAAGAGAUCAUGGAGAACACUGAGAAAGAGGGAUGGGGCUAAAUUACAUGUGCAUAUACUAGACAAACAGAUCAUGUCAAGUACAAAAAAUUGUAUAAUUUAUUAAUAGUGAAAUACAAAUAACAAUGAAGAUGAAACGGGGACAAGGUCAGUCCAAAAUAAAUACAGAUGGAUUUCAAAGUAUAAUUGCUCAUGGUGUGUGAACAGCAGAGUAAUGGACUCCGACUGUGUUUUAUAACGUGGUGAAAUAGAAUUCAUACAGUAUGUGUUGCUGACCUUCAUGUUUAAAAACCUUGCUCUUAAAGCCAUGUAUGUAGAAGGUCAUCGAAAGAUUUCAACUUCAUAACUACAUUUUUUUUUACUCUUUGUAAUCACUUCUGGAGGUUCUGAAGCGCUUGGUACGUUACACAUUUUAAAAAAUCUUUACUGCAAGUGCUAAAAAGCUAUAUGCUUGUUAUGUUUUGUAGACUAUUUUUUUAGUUAAACGGUUCACUUUUCCAAUGUGGCACAAUGUAUUGAGAAUUAAAUUCUAUACCAAU